ACAGGUGUCAGUCCCCCGUACUGCAGUCUGUUUGGACUCAUGAGAACGCGAGACCGAGUGUGGCUUCCACCCAAUCACAUCCUCAAGAUCGAGGCCUCAGCCAAUGAGACGCUGCUGUUCAGGAUCAGGUUUUAUUUUCCAGGCUGGUACGGCAGUAGCUCGAGCUCAGCCCGCAGGUAUGGCGUCUCCAAGAGUUCAGAGGCACCUGUGCUUGAUGACAUCACUGCGGCGUACCUGUUUGCUCAGUGGAGGUCAGAUUUUCUGAGCGGCGCGGUAAGCGUUCCCAUCAGCCUGGAGUUUCAGGAAGAGUGCUUGGGAUUGGCUGUUCUUGAUGUGAUGCGUUUGGCCAAAGAAAAAGCCAAGUCACCUGUUGACAUCUACAACCACAACAGUUAUAAGUCGUUCCUCCCGAAGAACAUGCGAGCACACAUCCAGAACCAGCACUUUGUGACCCGGAAGAGGAUCCGCUUCUGCUUCAGGAAGUUCAUCCAGCAGUUCGGAGCGUGUAAAGCCACGCCGCGAGACCUGAAGCUGAAGUACGUGGUCAGUCUGGAGACGCUGCAGGCGGCCUUCUACAGCGAGCAGUUCCUCGUCAGCGAAGCGUCCGCCGGAGACGUCUGCAUCCUCGUCAGCGGGAGCCGCGGCAUGCGAUGGUCCAAAGUAAAAGAGGCCAGAGACCGAGAGGAUCCGCAGGUUUACUGUGAUUUCUCUGACGUCAUCGACAUCAGUGUAAAGCAGGGGUCUAAAGACGGAUCUGUGGAGAACCGAAUCGUCUCCAUAAACAGACGGGACGGUCAGACGCUGGAGCUGGAGUUUCAUUCUCUGAGCGAGGCGCUGUCCUUCGUGUCUCUGAUCGACGGCUACUACAGACUCACCACAGACGCUCAUCACUACCUGUGUAAGGAGGUGGCUCCCCCUAGACUGCUGGAGGCCAUUCAGAACAGCUGCCACGGGCCAGUGUCUGUCAGUCCCCCGUACUGCAGUCUGUUUGGACUCAUGAGAACGCGAGACCGAGUGUGGCUUCCACCCAAUCACAUCCUCAAGAUCGAGGCCUCAGCCAAUGAGACGCUGCUGUUCAGGAUCAGGUUUUAUUUUCCAGGCUGGUACGGCAGUAGCUCGAGCUCAGCCCGCAGGUAUGGCGUCUCCAAGAGUUCAGAGGCACCUGUGCUUGAUGACAUCACUGCGGCGUACCUGUUUGCUCAGUGGAGGUCAGAUUUUCUGAGCGGCGCGGUCAGCGUUCCCAUCAGCCUGGAGUUUCAGGAAGAGUGCUUGGGAUUGGCUGUUCUUGAUGUGAUGCGUUUGGCCAAAGAAAAAGCCAAGUCACCUGUUGACAUCUACAACCACAACAGUUAUAAGUCGUUCCUCCCGAAGAACAUGCGAGCACACAUCCAGAACCAGCACUUUGUGACCCGGAAGAGGAUCCGCUUCUGCUUCAGGAAGUUCAUCCAGCAGUUCGGAGCGUGUAAAGCCACGCCGCGAGACCUGAAGCUGAAGUACGUGGUCAGUCUGGAGACGCUGCAGGCGGCCUUCUACAGCGAGCAGUUCCUCGUCAGCGAAGCGUCCGCCGGAGACGUCUGCAUCCUCGUCAGCGGGAGCCGCGGCAUGCGAUGGUCCAAAGUAAAAGAGGCCAGAGACCGAGAGGAUCCGCAGGUUUACUGUGAUUUCUCUGACGUCAUCGACAUCAGUGUAAAGCAGGGGUCUAAAGACGGAUCUGUGGAGAACCGAAUCGUCUCCAUAAACAGACGGGACGGUCAGACGCUGGAGCUGGAGUUUCAUUCUCUGAGCGAGGCGCUGUCCUUCGUGUCUCUGAUCGACGGCUACUACAGACUCACCACAGACGCUCAUCACUACCUGUGUAAGGAGGUGGCUCCCCCUAGACUGCUGGAGGCCAUUCAGAACAGCUGCCACGGGCCAGUGUCGACGGAGUUCGCCAUCAGCCGCUUACGCCGAUGUGAAAACCACAGGGGCGUUUAUAUCCUGCGGUGCAGCCCGAGAGACUACGACAGGUACUUCCUGUCCUUCGUGGUUGAGGUGAGUAGUCAGCUGGAGUUUAAGCACUGUCUGGUCGUUCGCUCUCACUCGGGAGAGUUUGUGCUCAACGGAGCCAAAUGCAGCUUCAGCAGUCUGGGUGAAUUACUGCAGCACUACCAGAAGGAAGCGCUGCGCUCCGACAGACAUGUGUUCCAGUUCAGCCGCCGCUGUCCGCCGCGCAGCAAAGAUAAAUCCAAUCUGCUGGUGUGCAGGAGCAGCCAAACCUCUGACGCGCGUCUCUCGCCGUCUGAACUCAAACACAUCAACCAGAUGAUCUUCCACAAGAUCCAUAAAGAAGAUCUGGAGACGAUGGAGGGUUUGGGUCAGGGAGCGUUCACGCAGGUCUUCCGCGGCGUCCGGAGGGAGCUCGGAGAUUACGGAGAGAUCCACAAGAUGGACGUGGUGCUCAAAGUCCUGGAUAAAACCCACCGCAACUACACUGAGUCGUUCUUCGAGUCGGCGAGCAUGAUGAGCCAGCUAUCCCACAAACACCUGCUGCUCAACCACGGCGUCUGCGUGUGUGCUGAUGAGCACAUCAUGGUGCAGGAGUAUGUGCGCUUCGGCUCUCUGGACACGUACCUGAAACGAAACUGCAACACCAUCAACAUCACCUGGAAGCUGGAGGUGGCUAAACAGCUAGCAUGGGCACUACAUCACCUGGAGGAGAAGAACCUGAUCCACGGAAACGUCUGCGCCAGGAACAUUCUGGUGACCCGAGAAGAAGACCGUAAGACGGGAACGCCUCCGUUCAUCAAGCUCAGUGACCCAGGGAUCAGCAUCACUGUCCAGCCCAGAGAACUUCUGGUGGACCGGAUCCCGUGGGUUCCUCCAGAGUGCGUGAAGGACAGCAAGAGUCUGAGUUUGGCAGCAGAUAAGUGGAGCUUCGGCACCACGCUGUGGGAGAUCUACUGCAGCGGAGAGCAUCCGCUCGUGGCGUACGACGGGUCUAAGAAGCUGCUGUUCUACGAAGACAAGCACCAGCUUCCAGCUCCGAAGUGGACUGAACUGGCCAGCGUGAUCAACAGCUGCAUGGAGUACGAGCCGCUGCAGCGGCCCUCGUUCAGAGCCGUCAUCCGAGACCUCAACAGCCUCUUCACGCCAGGUGAC